CCAAGUGGGAAAGAGGAGCCGCGCCGCCGCUACCAGCUAGCGCACAGGUGCUUCUGGCCGCUAAUUUGCGGUCGGCGGGCUGGGAAGAUGCCUCUGGGGCUGAGGGGAAAGAAGAAAGGCAAGUCCAGGGAGACCUCCACCUUGGUGGACGGCGAGGCUCCCCCGGCUCGAGGGCGAGGCGACGACGAGGUCGGGGUCGGCGCCCGUGCCGGAGCGGUGGGCGCCGCAGCCUCGCGCGGUCCCGUCCGGUUGGUCUUCCACACGCAGCUGGCGCACGGCAGCCCCACCGGGCGCGUGGAAGGCUUUAGCAGCGUGAAGGAGCUUUACGCUAAAAUCGCUGAGGCGUUCCGCAUUGCCCCGGCCGAGAUCAUGUUUUGCACAUUGAAUACACACAAAAUUGAUAUGAACAAGCUUUUGGGUGUACAAAUUGGUCUUGAAGACUUUAUAUUUGCUCAUGUCAAAGGAAUAAAAAAAGAAGUGGAAGUCUUCAAAUCAGAAGACUCACUUGGACUUACCAUUACAGAUAAUGGAAAUGGAUGUGCCUUCAUAAAGAGAAUUAAAGCAGGAAGUCUUAUUGACCAAAUAAAAGUGAUAUGUGUUGGUGACCACAUAGAAUCUAUAAAUGGAAAAAAUGUAGCAGCCUAUCGUCAUUAUGAAGUUGCUAAGAAUUUAAAGGACUUGAAGAAGGGCCAGACAUUUACAUUAAAACUGAUAGAACCUAUGAAAUCAUUUGAAAUUAUCGAGCCAAGGUCAAAAAGUGGAAAUUUUGCAGAAGAAAAAAUCUGCCGAGGAAGAGAGACUCUUCGACUAAGAGCCAAAGGUUCUGCUACAGUAGAAGAAAUGCUUUCAGAUGUUGAAGAAAAGGCUACCAAAAAAGUGGAUGAUCUUCUGGAAAUGUAUAUGGGAAUAAGAGAUCUUGAACUAGCUGCAACUAUGGUAGAAGCCGGAAAAGGCAAGAACAAUCCAGAUGAAUUUGCUGUAGCUCUUGAUGAAGCUUUGGGAGAUUUUGCAUUUCCAGAUGAAUUUGUCUUUGAUGUAUGGGGAGCUAUAGGUGAUACUUUGAAAGGGUGAUUUUAAUGAGAGGCAUUAAUUUUAUUACAGUACUGUGUGAGCUGUGUGGACACAUCACAUGCGUAGUCAUGUAUAUGGCAUGGGUUAUGACCCAAAUAUUCUAAAAUGACCUAUUUAAAAUGUAUAAACCUGACCAAAUUAAAUGAAUGUAGCACUAGUGCAAAGCUUUUAGCCCAAUAUUGCAGUUAAUUUAACAUACUCACUUGGAAUCUUCGCCGAGCAAAAUUCAAGUUCUUUCUCUGCGUAUGCACAUACCUGCCAGUUGCCAAGCACCCAUAUUUUGAUCAUGUGACCAUGGGGAUAAUGC